AUGGGCAGUGCCUGUUCCUGUGGCGAGGAUGCCAGGCAUCACCGCGAGAACCACAAGAAUCGGAUCAACCCGACCGAGACCUACGACAAGUGGCAGCAGAAGAUGCUGCUCGACAUCGGCGCCGACCCGCUUGCCGUCAUCCGAGAUUUCCCACGCAUGACGGUGUUUGUGCACACGAAGACGUGCUGCAACUUCGUGCCCGAUUGCUACAGCCCAAUCAGUGGCAGCGAGCCCGCGGCGUCGAGCAGGAAGCCGCAGCAGCAGGAGCAGCCACGACUAGAGUCACCUUUUAACCCACUUGCCCCUCGGAACAGAGCCCAGCCACAUUCGCGUGUAGCUGCCGACGCCGCUGGUACCGCAGAUAUCGAGGGAGAGUCAAAGCAGCAGCAGCGCCGCCGCAAGCGUAUGGAGAAGGCCAGCGGCUCAGCGCUGCGCGUGGAUGCAUCCACCGGGCCUAGUGCUAACGCUGACACCAGUGCCUCAUGGGUCUCACCGACGGCGUCGCCGUUACUGGCGCCUCACCCCCCUCCCGACCUGAUGGCGCGCGGCAGUGAUGGGGCUCAGCGUUCUGGCCUUCAAGAGCCAUCCUGCGACGGGAACGCUUUCGCCGCUCGCAUGCAACGUGUGCGAGAGACGGUGCUGCUGUUGUCGGAGCUGUGCAACGAGCGUGCGACGUUCGGUGCCUCCUUCGAGAGCGCAUGGAACCGCCUUGUAGUGCACGGCAGCGUUGGUGGCCGCGCCGACAACCUGGACAGCAACGCGGCAGGCGAGUCCGCUCCUGUGGCGCCGCAACAUGGCCGCCCGCUGCCCGCUUCCAAAACAUUUCGGAAUCAGCCCAUCACGCUUGACGUACAUCAAGUCCUGUUAAAUGCUUGUUUAGACAGCGGCAUGCUGAUGCUCUUGGACGACGCCAACUCGACUGCGGCUCUCGUGUCCGCGCUGCACGGCGCCGCCCAGCCACGGAUCAGCGGGAGCGUGCCGGCGCCUUUGCCAUUGCAGUCUUGUACACCACUAGGGCUGGUGAACCGUCUCUCUCCGCCGGACACAUCAAGUGCAACUGGACUCGCUGCUGGCGGAGCAACUCGAUCAAAGUGCAGCACUGUCAAUAGCGACAGCCAGCAACAGCGGAGCCGAGAGUCUGCAGCCGCCAGCACGUCGAGCACCCCCGCAUCUAUGGUGCGUGCCACUCGAAUCACCCCCCAGGCCACCGCCAGCUCCACCGCCGCCCUCAUUGCGACGUCGAGCCGCUACGUUGUGCGCAGCGCCACCUUCCAUCUCAUGCAGUUCGCUACACAAGGGGUAAUGUUCUUCCCGGUGCAGCGGCUUAAGCACGUUCUGUGGAUGCCGUGGUCCUCGCACAUGCAAGACAGGGCGUGGACGAUCCACUUCCACGUAAAGGAUGCGACACCGGAGGACUUGAUGGCGCGCAGGCAGCAUCAUCUCAAGACGCUUUUCAACACCUCAGAGUCCGCUCUGUUGCCGAGCGCAGACUCGGCGGCGGUGGUGGCGGGAGCAGGGGCGGAUGGUCACCGAGACUUACUCUCGACGGCUCUCCCAUCAACGGUCGGCACCACCGACGCGGACGGGUGGAAACCGCCUGCUAUUUCCGGCGCCGAUGCGAGCGCGGACGGAUGGCACGACCCCUGUGGAGCGAGCGUCGGUGACGGCAUGCACAAGAGCAAGAUCAUUGUGGUCCACCACUUUCAGACGGGACGGCACUACGUCGAGGACAGCGAGCGCAAGACGACACCGGUGUAUGAGCUGGACUGGGCAUGCAGCAUUUGGGUCGACCAAGACACCCUGCUGAAGGCGUUUGCGCCGUACCAGGGGUACGCUGUCGCUGCGAGGAAUGCGGCAGCGGCUUCGCCGUUGGUCCCUUGUUUGCCGUCGCGGAACUCGUCUUUGGUGCAGGAGAUGACCAUUGAGGCUGCCUCUGUGGUCUCGCAUCCGCACCAGCACCUGUGCGACGACGAUAACUACGAGACUGUCAACGUGGACGCGUCACCGUCGGUCACGGCGUCAGACAACGUCUCUGAAACUGCGUUCCCACGCAGGCCGGUAGUGGUGCCAGACGCUACGCUUCACCCAGAACUAAUCGCCAUGGACGUUGGCGUGUUCACGGCACAGCAGCCGCAGCUGCUGCAGCGCGAGGUGUUGCGUGCCUCUGUAGAGGUUCUUGCCGCCCGAAUGGCGAAGCCGCCUCUCACGUUCUGCAUGGUCUCCUCCACGUGGCGCAAGCGCAAGGAGGAGAUUGACUACGUGUUGAAGCAACAGUACAACGUGCAACUGAUGCAGGUGAAUGAGCUGCCCAAGAAGCUGCUUUAUUAG